CGCGUAUGGAACGAGGUUUGAAACCGAUUGACGUGAUUCACUGUAGGACAAGUUGUUGAAAAAGCUCAAUAAUCACGCUUUUCAAGUAAUCAUGGAACGGACAAUCAAGCUGUUGCAAUGAUUUAAAGCUCAAUAAUAACGCUUUUCAAUCAUGGAGCUUGAUGAUGAACCGAAUGCUGGGAGAUUGGAUGAGAACGACGCCGGUGGGCUCGCCGCCGGGCAGGCUGUAUUGGUGCCUAGGUCUAGAGGAAGACCAAAGCUGCGAGAUCAGAUAGAUAUUCAACACCUAAAAAAUCUUUUGACAUUGCGAUUCCCUGUAACAGAGAUAGCAAGGACUUUCAAUGUGUGCACCAAGGUCAUAUAUAGAGUCAUGGCAGAGCAAGGUCUCUCUGCGCCAGCUAAACUGUUCAACAAUAUUUUAAAUGACGAUUUGGAUGCUGCAGUCAGAGACAUAAAACGUGACUUCCCAAAUGUGGGAGAAGUCAUGAUGCAAGGGCACCUCCGAAAUAGGCAAAUACAUGUUCAAAGGGAUCGUAUACGAAAGUCAUUGCAUCGUGUUGAUCCUGAUGGUGUCGCGCAAAGGAAGACCAAGGCCAUAACACGACGGGUAUAUUCAGUGCCGUGUCCCAACUUUUUAUGGCAUCUUGAUGGCAAUCACAAACUUAUUCGUUGGCGAUUAGUCGUUCAUGGAGGGAUAGAUGGAUUCACUCGCAUUGUGACAUAUUUGAAAUGUAGUGACAACAAUAGAUCAGAAACCGUUGGAGAUCUUUUUGAUAAUGCUGUGCUUCAGUAUGGAUUACCAAUUCGUAUGAGGUCAGAUUAUGGAGGCGAGAACAGUGUAGCGUGGCAGCGAAUGUACGAAGGCAGAGGGGCAGAGAAUAGGCCUGUGAUAGUUGGUUCAAGUGUUCAUAAUGAAAGAAUUGAACGACUGAAUCUUGAACUCAACAAGAAUUUAUUCAAAACCAAGGAUAAAUUCAUUGCCCUUGAGCGUGAUGGAUUUCUUGAUCCUAUGAAUGACACAGAUUUGUUUUGUUUGCACUUCGUUUUCAUUCCCAGGAUUAAUCAGAUCCUUGAGAUGUAUAGGAAUGCUCAUAAUAAUCAUGCUGUCUCAACCGAAGGGAAUAGGACCCCAGUUCAGCUUUUUUAUGCUAAUCAGCAUUUAACUGCUAUGUAUGACAAUCCUGUAAACAGACCGGCUGAUGACCCUUAUCAUGGAAUUACACCGGAUCAACUGCAGCAGCAUCAGCAGCCCCAUGUUGAAGUUCCCGUUACUCGCUGCCCCCUGAGUGCCAAUGACUUAGAAAGACUAAUAAAUCAGAUUGAUCCUCUUGAAGAAAAUGUUGAUGAUAAGGAUAAAUAUAGAAAUGUUGUUGAAUUUGUUGGACAGUGUCUGUUGGCACCAUCAGAAUAGUGAAAUACAGUACUGGAAAGAAGUUUUCGGGCCACCUUAUUCCGUUUUCAUUCGUCAAAUUGUGGUGACCUAUUGAGACCGAGACCAUACUUGACAGAGCUACUUACAUGUAUGCCUAAGGAUCACAUGUAUCCAUGUGGUCACAAAUAGACAAAUGAUAACUGAAACUUGUAUUUGUGUAGUCACCUGGUCCCAAAUCUUUUUUCCAGGUCUGUACGAGUACAGGUAUAUCAAUUUCUUAAUCCACUAUCUCCUGGUGUUAUUUUGGGUCAUUUUCUGUGCGACAUGCGGAUCCUUUAGCCAGAGCAGGUUACAAUUUGGCCACAAAUCAAGUGGUUAGUAGUACGUACUAUUGAUGAAUUAUAUA